UCAGGGCCGCUUACGUACACAAGUACUGUGAACAAGAUGGCGAGCACGACUCAAUCUCCACAUUGGGAAACGGUUGGAAAGGCUAAAAAAAGUGGCAAAAGUCAGAUUCCACAUCUUACACGAAAUGAGAAAAAACAGUUCAUUGAAAAUAUGCCGAGAAUUGAAGCGAGUAAACCACUGAAAGAAUCUGUGACGAUGUAUGAUGCCUUCCUGGAAAAAGAGAGGAAGGAGGAGUUAAAAGCAAGCAGAAGCCAAGAAAAAUCCUCUCCAUCUAAUAAGGAUCAGAAUGGUAAAGCUGGCGGUGACAGGAAAACUGUACAGAGCAAAAAGAAGAAGCCUGACCAGGAGAAGAAGAAACAAGUGGACUAUGCUGAAGCUAUAUCUGCUAUCACGAAAGAAGAUGUGAAGUCAACCUUAACCCUGACCCAGACAAGGUUCCCCGACAACCUGGAAGUGUGGCUAAAAGACCUGGCAUCUUUCCUGAACCUUAAACUGGAAAACGUUCCUGAGUCUGACCCUGUCUUCACCAACAAGCCUAAAGACUUUCCACUAUGUCAUCUUGGUCGACAUUGUCAGCAGACAAUCACAUCUGUGAUCAGACAGGCCACCCAGGAAACCAUGGAGCACAUGUUCUAUCACUGUGUGAACACCAUGCUCACGGAACUCAACAAGGGAAAUUCUUCCCUUGGGUAUCGUAUCUUUAUUCAGCUGCUUGUUAAGGUCAGACCAGAUGUUGCUUUGUCCAAGCUGAAUCAAUUUUUGGAGCUUUUGAAGACCAACCAGAACAGGUCCAGUCGGUGCUUGACUAUACUUUGGUCACUUGGGCAGUGUGGUCACCUUGACCUGAAAUGUGGAUUGCGAAUGUGGAUAGAAGUGAUGCAGCCGACCCUGAAGGUGCGACCAGUGGCAAACUACUGUGUAGAUUACCUGGAGGAACUGCUAGAGAACAAAAAGGCCCUGAGUACAGUAUAUGGUGUUAUCUCUGUACGCGAGUACUUCUACCUGCUCGACCUUAUAUUUGGGGAUCGUCAGAUGCCUGGGGACCUCAGUAGAAAGCUGCAGAACCUCUAUCCAGACAUUAAGACAAUUGUGUAUGGUGGCACCACGGCUAACAUGAGGAACCUGUUCCCGUCGUAUCUGACCAGGGCUACGGACAACACAUCCCGUCUGAUGAUGGCUGAGCUGAUGUCGAGUCUUCUGUACUGUCUGUCUACUGAUGAACAGUGCUACAGUGUGUGGGUCCAGAUGUAUACCAAAUACAUUCAACAGUCCAGUAUGUUAAUGCAGUAUUUGCUUGAUACCUGGGAUACCUCAAGCAAGAUACUGGACAAGAAGUUACUGAAGAAAACCUUUCGUUCCUUCUCCAUCACCAAUGAUGAACUGGCUUCAAGAGGCAAAUCAAGCAUUGAAGGACUGGAGAAAUGCUCCAAUGUUUGUAAGGAACUUCAGCAAAAGUUGGAUCAAACUCGGUUUCCAUGGGGAUGGCUGAUGUUUUUAUUUGUUUCCUUGGUAACUGCAAUUGUUGCCUACGAUAUUUACUUCAGCUCUUCCAUGAAGUCCUCUCGGACCAUGCAGUUUCUGGAGGAUUAUGGAAUCUUGGCAUUCACAGAACAGGUUUGGGGACGGGUUUACCUCUAUACUUCAAUGGCAUAUGGAUGGGUAUGUGUAAAUGUGCCACUUUACUAUGGUAAGGUGCAAGCUUUCGUGGGACCUUAUCUGUGGGAAGCAUGGACUCGACUUCUGCAGUUCUGGAACCAAUUCCUUGAGGUGUCGGCUCCCUUCAGAUUGUGGGCUGCAUUAAAGUUAUCCCAAUGUUUAGACUGGAUACACGGACUGUCACCAGAGCUUUGGACAAAACUAUGGAACUACGUAUGGUUAUCGUGGGAUUUCUUUAGGGAUUACUCAUUCUGGAUAUGUGGCCAAAUGGCCAAUCUCCUUUAUCUUGCUUAUCACUGGGUGGAAGAAAAUAUUAUUUUAAGUGAAUAUACCCCGGACAGUGUACAGAAAUUACUCACAUCAGGAAUCUCGUCCGUACAUCAUGCAUCCUCCAACCUCUUCACCUGGUGCCGACAGACAUUUCUACUAGUAAUUAGUGGACACUGAUCCUAAAACAGCAUUUAUAGAAUAAUUCAAAUUGAUACAUUCAUCAUAUGCUUUGAAUGUAUUUCAAUAACAGAUCACCCUUUUUUCAUAUUAUUAAAAAUUAUGUAACAUCUAAAUGAAAAAGGAAUGUGUUCUGUAACUUAAGAUAUUAAAGUUUUAGCCUGAAUUUUGAAAAAUUUGAUACUUCAAUAUUUAUGAACUGCAAUGGAUUUUUUCAAAGCAUAUUGUCUUCAAAACCAAAGUGUCUUCAAACCUGCCAGUCAGACGUCAUGUCUUUGUAUCUCGAUGCCUAAGUUAUACAAGUAUGACAUGGCAAGACUAUUAUACUAUGUUAUUAUGCUCAACCUCCUCAGAUAGUUAUAUAGGUGCGUACUUAAAAUGAACAGUUGGAGCUUUAGUCAUUAGGAUUGGCAACAUGCAAGUAUUUAUUGAUAAUUACAAGACGCAUCACUCCUUUAUAAAAUUAUAAUGAGAAUCUUAGAAAAAAGAAUUGGAAAUAUCAGUUACUGUGCUUUUAUACAAGGGUUGUAUGGAUAUUAUUGUCCAGUGAUGAGACACACACAGGUAUAUGAUAUGUUCAACAAUGAGGAUUCUCUCUCUUCUAUCAGGUUAUUACAAGGUGGCAGCAUGAAAAAUUUAUAUACCAUCAUUCAAAACUUAAUAUUUAAUUCUUCCAUUGACAAACAUUCAAAGCAUUUGAUGGAUUUUGAUAGAUGCUGCCUUUGAAUUUGGUGGCAAAAAAAGUUCUGGUUAAAUUUGUGCAAGCUACAAGUCUCCAAAAUAUGUCUCAUAUUCUCUUUUUUAUGAUUACAACAUAGGAUAUUCAUAAAAUCUGGUAUUUUUCUUCUUAUUCAACACUUUUGCCCAUUGUAAAAUUGUCUCAUACAGGUUAAUGUUAUGUAUAACAGGUAAUGCAUUUGUGCCAUAUAGUUCUAUCAAAUAACAGGUUAUGUUUUUUUGUUGUUUUUUUUUUCAUGAAAGAUGAAGCACAUUACCAAUGGUUCAUACAGUUUUAACCUCUUAAGCAGGUGUCAUUACCUGAAUUUCUACUCAAAAAAGUGCUGUGAACCAAUAUUUUCAGUAAGACAUGUAAAUAAAAGUAAAAUUAGAUUCCGUUGCGGAAGAAUACAAAUUGGUAAGUUCUCGCAUAUAUAUUUACUUAUAUUGCGAGAACAAUGCAUUGCAGCAUAUUUCUGACUUUACUUACAAUACGUUACAAUUAUAUGGCUUUAAUGCAAUAUACAUUUAUAAAUGUCUUGUAUUUACAAAUAUUAAUAUAUGAGCGGGUUUGGAGAUCAAUAAACAAAGUUUGUCUGUUGA